GAAAUAAUAUUAAUGAAUUUGUUAAUAUACUUUGCGUGAUUGGUGGAAAUUUAACAGUUGACAGAUAAAUACACCUUCAGAGUAAAAAUAUAUAUGACUUGUAUAUUUUUGAAUAGUGAUAAAUUGAGUUUAUAACUUGUGAAAUAGUAUUUUAUUAUAAAAAUGGAGUCUAUAGCUACGGAUUCAGGUAAAAUCGUUAAAAUGGAAGUAGAUUACAGUGCUACUUGCGACGAUAAAAUACCGGAAUGCCAAAAACUCGCUAAAUCUGGUAAAUUACAUGACGCUCUCGAUCAGCUUCUUGCUUUGGAGAAACAAACAAGAACAGGAGCUGAUAUGAUAUCAACUGGAAGAGUACUAGUAGCAAUAUGCCAAAUUUGUAAAGAAGCUAACAAUUGGGCAGCACUUAACGAACAUAUAAUACUUCUAACAAAGAGAAGAUCCCAAUUGAAACAAGCCGUUGCAAAAAUGGUUCAAGAGUGUUGUAAUUACGUAGACGAAACACCGGACAAAGAAACUAAAGUGAAAUUAAUCGAUACGUUAAGACAAGUAACUGAAGGUAAAAUAUAUGUUGAAGUAGAAAGGGCUCGUUUAACUCAUAAAUUGGCUAAAAUUAGGGAAGACGAAGGGAAUAUUCAACAAGCUGCUGAUAUAAUUCAAGAAUUGCAAGUGGAGACGUACGGUUCCAUGGAAAAAAGGGAAAAAGUUGAACUUAUUUUGGAACAAAUGAGAUUGUGUGUAGCUAAACAGGAUUAUAUCAGAACACAGAUUAUUUCUAAGAAGAUUAACACUAAAUUUUUCGAGGAUGAAGGUGCAUCUGAUUUGAAAUUGAAGUACUACAGGCUUAUGAUGGAAGUGGAUCAGCAUGAAGGGUCUUAUUUGGCAACUUGUAAGCAUUAUCGUGCGGUACUCAACACUCCCAGCAUUAUGGCGGUACCUGAAGAAAGACAAGCUGCUGCUCAAGCCGUCGUGUUGUAUUUAAUCCUUGCACCGCAUGAUAACGAGCAGGUUGAUUUGACUCACAGAGUUUUGGCGGACAAAGUACUGGAGGAGAUUCCUAUGUAUAAACAACUUUUGAAGUUGUUUACCACCCCGGAAUUGAUCAAAUGGUCGGGGUUGUGCGAUUUAUACGAAAAGCAAUUGAAAUCGACUCCGGUCUUUACUGGUAACGAACAAGCUCAAAAAAGAUGGACGGAUUUGAGAUCGAGGGUUGUGGAACACAACAUCCGUGUGAUGGCUAAAUACUACACCCGUAUAACAAUCGGGAGAAUUUCUGAAUUAUUGGAUCUUUCGCCUGCAGAAACUGAAGAGUUUUUGUCUCAGAUGGUGGUGAGUAAAAGCAUUCAAGCGAAAACUGAUCGUCCGGCAGGAGUGGUACAUUUCCAGCAGAGUAAAGACCCCAGCGAUGUCCUUAACGAUUGGGCUCACGAUUUGACCCAAUUGAUGCAGCUGGUGAAUAAAAUAACCCAUUUGAUUAACAAGGAGGAGUGCGUCCACAAACAUCUUCAAUCCGCUUCUGCUUAAUGGGAUUUUUUUUUUUCGAUUAUUUAUAACAUUGUAUUCGUAUGUUUGAUUAAUAAAUUUUUUUUCUAAAAUUGUC